AUGUCUCAGGAAGAAUCAUCUCUGUUCCGUUCAGAGAAGAUGUCACUGACUCAGCUAUACAUUCCUCUGGAAAUUGCUCCACAGACUGUUGCUGAACUUGGUGAAGUCGGCCAGCUUCAAUUCAAUGAUUUGAAUUCAAAAGUCAAUGCUUUCCAACGUACUUUUGUCAAUGAGAUUAAGCGAUUCAACGAAAUGGAACGAAAAACUCGCUUUCUUUUUGCUCAAGCCGAAAAAUCAGAAAUCGUUGUUACACCUUCUGAUCCACUUGCUCCCUACGCUCACUCGCGCUCUCAAGUUGAAAUCGAUCAUCUCGAGGCUACACUCACUGAACUCGAGUCCAAAAUCCUACAGAUGAACACCUCUUAUGAAACUCUAAAUAAGCGCUAUUUCGAGUUAAGCGAGCUUCGGCAUGUGCUUCGUGAAACUGCAGUCUUUUUUCAAGAGGCAGAGAGUCGGACAGAUAUCAUCACUGGCGCCAACUAUCAAGAAGAAGCCAGUUUGCUUGCCAGUGCUGAGCGUGAAUCAAUUGAUGUCAAUGAUCGCCAUCGUGCCAUCUCACUUGGAUUUGUUGCUGGUGUGAUUCCACGUUCCAAAAUGACUACUUUUGAGCGUAUUCUCUUCCGUGCACUUCGUGGAAACUUAUUUUUAAACCAUGCAGAGAUCAAUGAGCUUAUUACGGAUCCUGUUACUGACGAAGAGGUUCACAAGAAUGUGUUUAUCAUUUUCGCUCAUGGAAAAGAGUUGAUUAACAAAAUUCGAAAGAUUUGCGAGAGUAUGGGAGCCACAAUUUAUCCUGUCGACGAACACCCUGAAAAGCGACGUGAGAAUGCGCUCGAGGUCAUUUCUCGUAUUGAAGAUUUAAAGCAUGUCCUUGACAACACCAAAGCCGCUCGCCACGCCGAACUAAGCCGUGUUGCUACCUCACUUGACCAAUGGUCUGUUGUUGUAAAGAAGGAAAUGUCGAUCUACCAUUCUAUGAAUAUGUUCAACUACGAUGUCAAUCGUAAGGCUCUCAUUGCCGAGGGAUGGUGUCCUACCAAUGCGCUUGGGGUUAUACAGCAUGCUCUUCGCGUUGUUACGGAGCGCACUGGGUCAACUAUUCCUCCCAUUAUGAAUGAAAUUCAAACACAGCGAAAGCCUCCCACAUUCCAAAAGACCAACAGGUUCACACAGGCAUUCCAGGAUAUUGUGGAUGCAUAUGGUGUUGCACAGUACGGAGAAGUCAAUCCUGGUCUCUUUACAUGUGUGACGUUUCCCUUUUUGUUUGCCGUCAUGUUUGGUGAUCUUGGCCAUGGCAUCUUGGUAUCUGCCUUUGCAAUCUGGAUGUGUGCCGACGAAAAAACUCUUGCAAAGAAAAAGUGGGGCGAGAUUUGGGACAUGUUCUUUGGAGGUCGUUAUAUCAUUCUGCUCAUGGGUCUUUUUUCAAUCUUUACUGGCCUAGUCUACAAUGAUAUUUUCUCACAGGGCAUGACUCUCUUUACAUCACGCUAUCAUUUCAACUAUCAAAACUCUACUGGUCGAUGGAUUGGUGAAUCUCAUUCAACUUAUGGUUUUGGCAUCGAUCCUGCAUGGCACGGUGCUGAAAACUCUUUGGUUUUUUCCAACUCGUACAAGAUGAAAAUGGCCAUCAUUUUGGGUGUUAUUCAUAUGAGUUUCGGUAUUAGUCUGCAGGUCUAUAAUCAUAUUCAUUUCAAGCGUCAAAUGAGCAUCUACACAGAGUUUCUUCCACAAAUUCUGUUCUUUUUGAGUAUUUUUGGGUAUCUUGUGUUUAUGAUUGUUUUCAAGUGGUUGACUCCUUAUCCAAACACGUCCGAGGCUCCUGGUCUUCUCAACACUCUCAUUUAUAUGUUCUUGUCUCCUGGUACAGUUGCUAUGCCCUUGUUCUAUGGACAGGGCGUCGUGCAAGUGGUUCUUCUUUUAAUUGCAUUUGUCACGGUACCUUGGAUGCUGCUAGCAAAGCCGCUUUAUUUGUACAGGGAAGCUCGAUCCACUGUUGGUUCGGGUUAUAACGAGCCCCACUCUGACACCGACUUUGUUCAAAUAGACGCCGAUGCUAACCACGGUGCUGGCGAUUCAUCUGGCACUGCUGUUGUGCACAGUCCGGAAGAAGACGAGCAGGACGAUCAUGGACACGGUGGUCGCUUUGAUUUCUCUGAUGUCAUGAUUCACCAGAUCAUUCAUACAAUCGAAUUUACACUCAGUGGUAUUUCCAACACUGCCUCAUACCUUCGUCUCUGGGCUUUGUCGCUUGCUCACGCCCAGCUGUCAGCAGUGCUGUGGUCCAUGGUUUUUGUGCCUACUCUUAACAUGGCCAAUCCCAUUAUGAUUGUCAUUGGGUUUGCAUUUUGGUUCAUGCUGACCGUGUUUAUCUUGCUUCUUAUGGAAGGCAUGUCUGCAUUUUUGCACGCACUUCGUCUGCACUGGGUCGAAUUCCAAAACAAAUUUUACGCUGGAUCGGGCUAUCAAUUUGUUCCCUUUUCCUUUGCGUUGCUUCUUGCCGAAGUUGUUGAAUAAACGCUUCAUCGUUUGAUUCUC